AUAUGAAAUAUAUUUAAUUUAGUGUCUAAGGAUUCAGGGAAGAAAAAAAAAUGAAGUUUUAGGAUUGACAAAUUGAACCGACACUUUUAUUAUAUAACUAGGAUAGAAACAGGUCUAGACUCAUGUAUUUAUUUGUUUUUUUAAAAAAAAGCCUCACUACCAAUACCCUCCACCCCCUGCCUCCACGCAUGCGCACAGUGCCUCUUCAUCAGCUCAGCAUCAUCUCGAAGAUCCAUCGGUACCGAGCUCACAUGGAUCAUCUGUGAAAGGCAAGCGGUCCAACCCGGGGGUGAAUAAGGCGUGUGAGGUGCGAUGGCCUUGUGCUCUGAAGCCUGUGUCCCCGGCUCAGGAGGGGAAUCCUCCGGGAGUGAGGCCGGUUCCAGCUGUCUUCAGUUUGGGGUACGAUCCUACCUGCACCACUUCUAUGAAGAAUGCUCCUCCUCGAUUUGGGAAAAAGACCCAGAGGAUAGAGGGUUCGACCAAAACCAGCAGCCAACCACGUUGUGGAACUCGGCAGUCUGGAAGGUGUCCUUGUCCCUGGGUCUCCUGAUCCUGACUGCAGGAAUUGCCAGCCUCUCAGUCGGUUAUUCCACUCCCCAUAAAAUUGAGUCGUUCGGCGAGGGAGACCUUUUCUUCAUUGACACCGAGGCUAUGGGAUUCAACCGGGGGCUUCACCUCAAUGCUGCAGCUGGGAUUGGGCUUUCCUGUCUCGGCUUGGCCUUGGCAGUUAUGGGGGUCGUCGUGUGGAUCCUCCCCAGGGCCAUCAUAAAAGACAGGCUUUUCCACCGGCCGGGGAAAAGGGAAGGGAGAGGAGAAUUUUGGUCCAAGUGGGGAGAAUUCAGGAAUCCUAGGGAUGUGGUCACAAACCCGCCAGGUAUCGAGAAAGGCAAGAUUCCCGUUACGCUGUCACAGGUGGAAAAUGUGCAGCCCACAUCUUAAUGGAUUCCCCUUUUAGCUACAAGGCUUCGUUCUUUUGUCUUAGUCACGGAACCUCAAUCAUAAAGUCUUACUAUGUAUUUGAUCCAGAAUGGAAAUAUAUACCAUACUCUGUGGAAAUAUGUAAAGCAGUCGCUCUUGUGUUGUGAUUUUAUGUAAAGUGCUGCUUAUGAUACAAUGCUUGUAUUUCGUCUGGCAAAUUUGAAAAAAA